CUCAGCCUCCGGAGCUGCUAGGAUUACAGGGUGCACCACCACACCCAGCUGUUAUUAAGAAUUUCAAACCGUAUCAGCAGAGUAUUAAACCUCGCACGGGACCUGUGUGAUUGUACAGAUUGCCGCCCCAAGCCAGCCUCUGUGCCUCCAGGACUGCGGCCAAGGAGGGAGCUGGGCCCCUCCAGCACAAAGGGUCCCAGGGUCUCUUUCCUCGGUAUCAUUGUCAGUGUCAUUUUGCCUUCUCCAGGGCUUCUGGAUGAAUCUUUGUCACCACCCUAGGAUUGCUCACCCCCCUCAAGUGUGAACACCCUUAAAAACCAUUUGGGGUGGGGUCACUUUAAGAGCUCAGUUGGACAUGACCUGCAGGCAACAGUUGUCCUUUCCCCUGGCGUCAUCCUCUGAGGUUGACAGGAUGAUGGAGAAAUCAUACUGAUCUUACCAAGGUAACUGGGUCAAGCAGCUCUCCUCUCCCUGAGGGAGCCCCUGGAAGAAGUAAGUGGGGGGAAUGAGCCCUAAACUGGGGGUCAUGAUCUGAGUCUUAGUCCUGUUGUGACUACUCAGCAGCUGAGAACUUUUGAGGUACAUCAGUUCACCUCCCAAGUACUGGUCUCCUCUGAAAUACACGGGUUGGGCUAGACACGCCCCACUCCUUUGGGUCUAAAUGUUACCCCAUUUUCCAGGUAGAAAGAUGGAGGCAGUUACCUAUCAUAUGAUGAUUUCCACAGAACUUAUUAGAGGCAAGCCCGAAGCCAGUGCUGGGCUUUCCUAGUUCUGUUUGCUAUGUCCUCAGUUAGCUUCCUGUAAUAUUCAUCACAGGGCCCCCCUUUUGGUCUGACUUUUUGUUGAUACUUUUCGAGAGACCACUUGAGCACUUGAUGCCUACAUUGGUAGCCAAGAGAUGAUCAUGAGUGGCCCGCUAAUGUGUGUAACAGAGGUUUCUGCCUUUAGUGAAAAACUCUUGUUCCUUUUCUCUGUUUUGAACAAAAAGGAGGCUUUAGUGAGAAGUUCAAAGAGGAGACUCCUGCCCGUCUCAAAGUAUAGUCAUGAUGUCUAUUACUAGUGAAGUACUAUACAGUUUAGUUACUCUUGGGCAACAGCCCUGUGAGGUAGUCAUGAUGGGUGGUUUUUGUUUUGAGAUAGGGUCUUAUGGUGUAGUCCGGGCUAGUCUUGGCCUUGAAAUUGCUAGGUAGCCCAGCCUCGGGAGUGCUGGGAUUAUACACCACCACACCCAGCUUGGGGUCAGUAUUACCAUCUCCAUUUGUCAGCUGAGUGCCUUGCCUUCUUUUCUUCAACACAGAUAUUCAAUGGAUCUUAAAAGUGAGGACCUCCCAAACAUGGUUCCACUGGGGCUCAAACCCAAGACCUUCUCCGUGUGAAGCAGACAUGAUAACCACUACGCUAUGGAACCUCCACAUGAAGGAACCUCAUUGUUGGCCUCAUAGUAUCGCGUCAGCACCAGCAUGACCAUUCAGCUGUAGAGUGGCAGAGACUGGGAGAACACAUUUCUGCUCAACUACAGGAAAGCCAGAGAACAUCUGAGAAGAGGCUAAAAUCUGAAUUUUGCAAACAAACAAGAAUCUAUAAUUGAAAAGGAUCAGCUAAAAGUGACUCUUCAGCACAAAGAGGGGGGACUUGUCACACUUCUUGGAAUCAACAGUUGAAUUCUUGAGCAUAACAUGCUUUAGAAGCCAUGGGCUGUGGGAAUUCUGCACUGAACAGCAAGAAAUCUGAGAAAGCGCUGAAAGCCGCAUUAGUCAUCCAGAACUGGUACCGAGGUUACAGAGCUCGGCUGAGGGCCAGACUGCAAUAUGCCCUUGCCAUCUUUGAGUCCGUUGAAUAUGCUGAUGAACAAAGCCAAAUGCAGCUAUCUGACUUCUUCUCCUUCAUGUUGGAAAACUACACACAAAUACGUAAGGACGAUCCAGAUUUAUCAAAUCAACUUCUCGAAAACACCAAGGAUAGACAGGAGUAUAUAGGAUUGAUAGAGGUCCCAGAUUCCUACGAUGGUCCACGACUGCAAUUUCCCCUCAGUUUUACUGAUAUCGUUUUACUUGUUGAGGCCUUCAAGAAUCAAAAGAUACUUCAUGCUUAUUAUGUCUUGGAGGUGCUAUUUCAAACCAAGAAAUUCCUAAAGCAAAGGCCAAAUUUCACUCAUGUAAAAACUUCUUCUUCCAAAGGCCUAACAAUCUGUGGUGAUUUGCAUGGGAAACUGGAUGAUCUUUUCUUGAUCUUCUAUAAGAAUGGUCUCCCUUCAGAGAACAACCCGUAUCUCUUUAAUGGUGAUUUUGUAGAUCGAGGAAGAAAUUCCAUGGAGGUCCUAAUGAUCUUGUUUGUGAGUUUUCUUGUCUACCCAAAGGACAUACACUUGAACAGAGGAAACCAUGAAGAUUUUAUGAUGAAUAUGAGGUAUGGCUUCACAAAAGAAAUUUUGAAUAAGUAUAAGAUAUAUGGAAAAAAAAUCUUGCAAACCUUGGAAGAAGUCUACCCCUGGAUCCCAAUUGGCGCCAUCAUUGACAAUGAAAUCCUGGUCAUACAUGGUGGGAUAUCCGAAUCCACAGACUUGAAUUUACUCCACCGCAUAGAAAGAAGCAAAAUGAAGUCGGUGUUGCUACCUCCAAUGACAGGAUAUUCCACCGAGCCAGAGAAAAAGAAAACAGGUGCAAUCAUCAUGUCAGGGAUAAUCACAUCAAAAGAUUCCUCUUCUGAACAGUUACCGAAGCAUGAGUGGGAACAGAUUGUUGACAUUCUUUGGAGUGACCCCAGAGGCACGAAAGGCUGUUUUCCAAACACAGGCCGAGGAGGGGGCUGCUAUUUUGGACCAGACAUUACUACCACUAUGCUUAAUAAAUACCACUUGAAGAAGAUCAUUAGAUCUCAUGAAUGUAGGCCUGAAGGCUAUGAAAUCUGCCAUGAUGGAAAGGUUAUUACUGUAUUUUCUGCUUCUAAUUAUUAUGAAGAAGGCAGCAAUCGAGGAGCUUACAUCAGACUGGGUUUUGGCAUGGCCCCAGAAUUUUUCCAGUACCAAGUAACUAAUUCAACAUGCUUGCAGCCUCUUCACCAAAGGGUGAGUGUUAUGGAAAGCAGUGCCAUCAGAAUAUUAAAAGAGAGAAUUAUUUCACGAAAAACCGACCUCACUCAUGCUUUCCAAGUUCGAGACCACGUUAAAUCAGGAAAAAUUUCAGUGACCCAGUGGGCUUUUUCCAUGGAGAGCAUUUUGGGGCUGAAUUUACCGUGGAGAACCCUGAGUUUGCAUCUGGUCAACGUAGACAAAGAUGGAUAUGUUGACUACAUGUCCAGCUUCCAGGAUAUGCGCAUUGAAAAACCAGUGAAAGAGGCUGAAUCUGCCAUAAUUGAAACUCUGUACAGAUACCGAACUGACCUGCAAAUGAUAUUUAAUAUCAUUGAUUCUGAUCGCUCAGGCCUGAUCUCCAUGGAGGAAUUUCGGAACAUGUGGAAACUUUUCAGUUCUCACUACAAUGUUCAAAUUCGUGAUUCUCAGAUUGAUGAGCUUGCCAGCACAAUGGACUUAAACAAAGAUGGAAGCAUUGACUUCAAUGAAUUUUUAAAGGCUUUCUAUGUAGUGCAUAAGUAUGAGAAGUCAAACAAAUCAAAUACCUAGGAUUCUCCCUACUAAUGAAGGGUUUCCCCUCAGGCUCCUUAUAAACAGCUGAACUCAAAUUACACAGUCUUUUCCAGGACCCUUGAAAUUCAUAGUAAUAGACAAAAGUAGAUCCCUCACCCACACCACAAGCAGAUGUACAGACUGGAUGUUUGAAGCCCUUAACAACCCGAUUUGCUAAGACAAGGUUAAAUGUCAGCUGGUAGGAUUUGCCUCCAGUGUUAGGACUCAUACAUUGCCAGUUAGAAACUUCGUUUGAGCCUAGUGUGGAUUUCUUUGAUGCCACUGAACUGGGAGACCAGUGCAGAUUAGAAACACUGAAAGGGAGCCACAGAGGACUAGAGCAAACUAUGAAGUGCAACAUCUGGAAGUGACGGAGGGAUGGGAAGAGGAAUAGCAAACUAUUAAUAAAAUAAACUGCUUCAGUA